CAACUAAAACACAUUUUUCCCAAUAAAUAUCCAAAAAUAAAAUGAAGCCUCCCAAGCCAAUUAUUUCCACUCUGAUGUUCCUCCUCUUCAUCAUCUUCAUCUGUGGCUUCAACAGUGCCCUAGCCCAAAAGAGAUCAGUAAUAAAGCCCUGUCAAAGGCUGGUGUUCUACUUCCAUGACAUCAUAUACAAUGGAAAGAAUGCCAAGAAUGCAACGUCCGCCAUUGUUGGAGCUCCAGCUUGGGGCAACAGAACCAUAUUGGCCGGAAAAGAGCACUUUGGAGACUUGGUUGUGUUCGAUGACCCCAUUACGCUCGACAACAAUCUUCACUCGACCCCAGUUGGCAGAGCUCAAGGGUUUUACUUGUACGACAAGAAAGAUGUGUUCACAGCUUGGCUAGGGUUUUCGUUUGUGUUCAACUCGACGGAGCACAAGGGCAGCAUCAACUUCGCCGGAGCUGAUCCGCUCAUGAACAAGACUAGGGAUGUUUCGGUGGUGGGUGGGACUGGGGAUUUCUUCAUGGCUAGAGGGAUUGCUACUUUGAUGACUGAUGCUUUUGAGGGUGAAGUUUAUUUUAGGCUUCGAGUUGAUAUUAAGCUCUACGAAUGUUGGUGGUGAUUAUUGGUCAUGGAUUUAAUGUUGAUGAUCACAAAAGCAAAAAAUUAAUAACCUUAAUUAUUGUGUGUGUUAUGUUUUA